CUUCUGCCAGCAGCAGCAGCAGCAGCAGCAGCAGCAGGGCUGUCCUCUCCUCUGUGCCGCCUCCUCCGCCGCCUCCUCCUCCUCCUCCUUCUCGGCAUCGCGUAUGCCCAGCCACACACCAAAUCUCUCCCCAGCCCGAGCCUGGAGCAGCUCACCGGAUCUGUGGGGCUAGAGCAACUCUCCCCGGCCGCCGCCGCCGCUCAGCAUGCCGAGGAGGAAGCAGCAAGCGCCCCGGCGCGCAGCAGUGUUCAUGUCAUACUCGCAUCCUGGUCCCUCAAGCGGCUUUGCAUGGUCACAGUCAUGUGGAACUCCACUGAUGUCAGUGACUCUCCAUGUAUGCACCAAAGAAUCCACCUGCUGGGAAUGAGACUUCUGGAUGUCCUUACCCAGCCUAUGUUUCAGACGAACUGAAGGCAGCAGCUCUGGUGGAGGAAGACGUGGAACCCGAUGAAAAUGCAGUGGAUGGGGAGCCUUCAGCAAAGUAUGCGUGCCCAGAAAAAGACUUCAGUAAGAACUGCCAGAGCUAUCAAAAUUCUCCAGCUGCUGAAUUUUCUAGCCAUGAAAUGGACAGUGAAUCCCACAUCAGUGAGACAAGUGACCGAAUGGCAGACUUUGAGAGCAGCUCUAUCAAAAACGAGGAGGAGAGCAAGGAGGUUUCAAUACCACUUGAAGAUUCGACUGUAUCUGAUAGCUUAGAACAAAUGAAAGCGGUGUAUAACAACUUUCUCUCCAAUUCCUACUGGUCCAAUCUCAAUUUGAAUCUCCACCAGCCAACUUCAGAAAAAAACAAUGGUAGUAGUAGCAGCAGCAGCAGCAGCAGCAGCAGUUGUGGGAGUGGCAGCUUUGACUGGCAUCAGACUGCCAUGGCAAAAACACUGCAGCAGGUUUCUCAGAGCAGAAUUCUUCCUGAACCAAGUCUUUUUAGCACAGUUCAAUUGUACAGACAAAGUAGUAAGCUUUAUGGCUCGAUAUUUACAGGAGCCAGUAAAUUUCGUUGUAAAGACUGCAGUGCUGCCUAUGAUACUUUAGUGGAAUUAACAGUGCACAUGAAUGAGACAGGACAUUAUCGAGAUGACAACCAUGAAACUGAUAACAAUAACCCUAAAAGGUGGUCCAAACCUCGUAAACGUUCUUUGCUUGAAAUGGAAGGGAAGGAAGAUGCCCAGAAAGUAUUAAAGUGUAUGUACUGCGGCCAUUCAUUUGAAUCUCUUCAGGACUUGAGUGUUCACAUGAUCAAAACAAAACACUACCAAAAAGUGCCUCUGAAAGAGCCUGUUACACCUGUAGCAGCAAAAAUUAUCCCAGCUACUAGAAAGAAAGCAUCAUUGGAGCUUGAGCUUCCAAGUUCUCCAGACUCCACAGGUGGAACGCCAAAAGCAACAAUCUCUGACACCAACGAUGCACUACAAAAAAAUUCCAAUCCUUACAUCACACCAAAUAAUCGUUAUGGUCACCAGAACGGUGCCAGCUAUGCCUGGCAUUUUGAAGCAAGAAAAUCUCAAAUUCUCAAAUGCAUGGAAUGUGGAAGUUCGCAUGAUACUCUGCAAGAACUCACUGCCCACAUGAUGGUGACAGGACAUUUUAUAAAAGUCACCAACUCUGCCAUGAAGAAGGGGAAGCCAAUUAUAGAAGCCCCAGCAACGCCAACGAUAACAUCCUUAGUAGAUGAAAAGGUACAGUCUGUGCCACUAGCUGCCACCACUUUUACAUCUCCUUCCAAUACACCUUCUAGUGUCUCCCCCAAAUUAAAUGUUGAAGUUAAAAAAGAAGUAGAUAAAGAGAGAGGCAUCACUGAUGACAAAAUGAAAGAUAAGGAGAAGUCAAGUGAAGAGGAGGAAAAGUAUGAUAUCUCUUCCAAAUACCACUACUUGACUGAAAAUGAUCUGGAAGAGAGUCCCAAAGGGGGUCUAGAUAUCUUAAAGUCUCUAGAAAACACAGUGACGUCAGCUAUAAACAAAGCCCAGAAUGGCACACCGAGCUGGGGUGGCUACCCAAGUAUUCAUGCUGCCUACCAGCUUCCUAACAUGAUGAAGCUGUCGCUGGGUUCAUCUGGAAAAAGUACACCCUUAAAGCCUGUGUUUGGAAACAAUGAAAUAGUGUCACCAACUAAAAACCAGCCUCUUGUGUCGCCACCAAGCAGUCAGACCUCACCUGUGCCAAAAACAAACUUUCAUGCCAUGGAAGAACUGGUCAAGAAAGUCACUGAGAAAGUGGCUAAAGUUGAAGAAAAAAUGAAAGAACCGGAAGGAAAGCUUUCUCCAAUGAAACGUGCAACACCUUCGCCAUGCAGCAGUGAAGUUGGUGAACCCCUCAAGAUGGAGGCCCCCAGUGACAGUGGUUUUAAAAGCCAACAGAGCAGUCCAGUCCCUCAGAGGGAUAGCUGCAAGGAUAGUCCAACUGUAGAACCAGUGGAAAAUGGUAAAGAGCCUGUAAAGUCACUUGUAAGUGCUUUAAGCAGCAGCACAGCUAUUAUCACUGAUCACCCUCCUGAACAGCCAUUUGUAAAUCCAUUAAGUGCACUGCAGUCUGUCAUGAACAUUCAUCUUGGAAAGGCAGCAAAGCCAUCUUUACCUGCUUUGGAUCCAAUGAGCAUGCUUUUUAAAAUGAGCAACAGUUUGGCAGAAAAGGCUGCCGUGGCCACCCCACCUUUACAGUCCAAAAAACCAGACCACUUAGACCGUUAUUUUUAUCAUGUCAACAAUGACCAACCCAUAGAUUUGACGAAAGGCAAGAGUGACAAAAGCUGCUCUUUGGGUUCAGCGCUUUUGUCAUCUACAUCGACAUCUUCUGCAUCUUCUUCAUCUACAGUGACAACAGCAAAGACAUCUGCAGUCGUGUCAUUCAUGUCAAACUCACCGCUACGCGAGAAUGCCUUGUCAGAUAUAUCUGAUAUGCUGAAGAACCUGACAGAAAGUCACACAUCAAAAUCUUCCACACCUUCCAGCAUAUCUGAGAAAUCUGACAUUGAUGGUACCACAAUAGAAGAACCAGAAGAGAGCACACCAGCUCAGAAAAGGAAGGGACGUCAGUCUAACUGGAACCCUCAGCACUUGCUCAUUCUGCAGGCCCAGUUUGCAGCCAGUUUGCGGCAGACAUCAGAGGGGAAAUACAUCAUGUCAGACUUGAGCCCUCAAGAAAGAAUGCACAUUUCCAGGUUUACGGGACUGUCAAUGACCACCAUCAGCCACUGGCUAGCCAAUGUGAAAUACCAGCUCCGAAGGACCGGGGGAACUAAGUUCCUUAAAAAUUUGGACACUGGGCAUCCAGUGUUCUUUUGUAAUGACUGUGCUUCACAGAUCAGAACUCCUUCAACUUAUAUCAGUCACCUUGAAUCACAUCUAGGUUUCAGGUUAAGAGACUUGUCCAAACUGUCCAAUGAACAGAUUAACAAUCAGAUAGCACAAGCAAAGUCACCAUCUGAAAAACUGGUGACAUCAUCUCCAGAGGAAGAAAUUGGAACUUCCUAUCAGUGUAAACUUUGUAACAGGACUUUUGCAAGCAAGCAUGCUGUUAAACUUCAUCUUAGUAAAACACAUGGGAAGUCACCAGAGGAUCAUCUUCUGUAUGUUUCGGAGUUAGAGAAGCAGUAGCGUUUGCUUUUGAUUAAAAUAACUGUAAUUUGCUUUGAGGAACACUGUCAAAGACGCCUUAAAGCUACUGUUUAGUUCUUGGCACAUGUUCUUAUUUUAACUCCAGAGAGUAACUCUGGGCUGAACUGUUUUGUAUAACUGUACAGUGUUUAAAUAGAGGUGCAUAAUCAGCUGUUGUUACUGGUAAAAUAUGAAGGUUAAAAUGCAGUGGUAAGUGUUUGGAACUUUGUGUAAAUUGGAUUUAGUUGCUGUGCAUCCCUCUGAUGCAUCAAGCUGCAUGCAUUAACAGACAGUUUAAUUAAGCAUUUAUAACUAAUUCUGGUGCACUUUUUUCAUGUGACCUAAGUGUGCUGGUAUUUCUCACCCUAUAAUCUUUAGCCCUCUGAGUACUUUGAAGCACUUUUGCAUUAAUUUGGUAAAAAUGUAUGCCUAUGUUUUUUAAGACCCUUACCAGCUUAGUUCUAAUUACUAAUAUGAACCUCCAUUUAUGCAGAGGUGUAUCACACCUUGAAAUUUAAAAAUAUUAUUUUCACAUUGAAACAUAGAUGUAUAUAUUGUAUAGAUUUCAAAAUCUCUUAUGGAAAAUGUGAUUGUGGUUAAUGCCAUUUCUUUUUCUUCUGCAUUUUUAGCAACAGUGUUUUUUAUACCUGAUAUCCCCCAGGUAUAAGCUGUACCUAUAUAUAGUGUAUAUUUCUUUUCUAGAUCAAAGGGUUUUCUUUCAACAUUCAGACAUUGUAAAUUAUAUGAAAGAUACCACAGAUAGCAUUUAUAAAGUAUUCAGAAACAUUAUUCUUAAAGCAAAGUAUGUUUUGUUUUGUUUUGCUAUACAGUACAUCUAUAUUGAUAGAGGUUCAUGUUUAAAUUAUACAUAUUUAUUAGUAUCGCUGUCAUUUGUUUUUAAACUGUCUGAAAUAACAGAAGCCACGGACUGCAUCCUUGGCAUGCAUUAUAACUAUUUUGCACAACAUGACUUUUAAAGGUAUUUAUUAGUAAAAAAAUAAAAUAAAAUAAAAUAAAAUAAAAAAGAGAGAAAUUCAAAAUAAACUCAGUGCUCAAAGGGUUAAAUCUAUUUGAAAAACUUGUACUGUAUUUCCUAAACAUUGAUAAAGCCUUUAAAAUGUUUGUACUGUAAUACUUUGCUUAAAAGUUAUGAGGCAUUCUGUGAUAUAACCUCUUUUACUUAUUUAUAAGCGCUCUUGGUUGUUAUUUCAUAUUGUAGAAUGCCUUUUUAUUUCAAUUGGUAACUUUCUGUUUUGUUCUGCCUAAUUAUUCUCCCAAGAUUCCAUACUGCAGCUUUAUCUUUAGGCAUAUGAAAGGUAACCCGUGGUUACCAGCACACUAAGUGAUUCUGUUCGUCUCCAUUUUUGGCAGUUAAUUUGCAGAAGUAACUGACAGCUGACACCAUAUGAGAAUCUAUGUAUAAAAUAUUGGCAUGUAAACAGCACAGACACUGUAAUGCACUCUGUGCCCUGUUUUGUUGUUGACAAUGAAGCACCAUUAUAUGACUCUUCAUAUAACCUUUUUUUCUACAGCAGCAUUAAAAUUGUCUUUUUGCUAUAAUUUUGUGUUGCGUUCACAAUUAUGUCUGAAAUGUGCUACGACUAACGAGCACAUUAAAAUUAAAUUGUAUGCUAUCUGUUUA